UAUUCUGAAUAUGUUUUUUUUAUGUAGGACUUCGUGUUUGUAUUAAGGGACUGAUUUGAUUUUAAAUCUGUCUCUAAUGUACUAAGAGGUUGUUUAGUCGUAAGUUAAAACUCUAUUAUUACUAUAGAUAAGAGUUAUAUUAUUUGUAUUUUAUCGACACACUACAACGAUCACACUAUCCUUUUACGAGAAUAGGCGUCAACAAUCAGCAGUACAGUAACAGUCUCACAUUAUUACUAGUAGGGAAGCCAAUAUAUUCUCUCCAAACUAGACUUUUUCUUUAUAUCUUUUGUUUCAUAUUUUUAUACAUACACAAGUAGAUUUGUAUGCAAAUAUUUGGAUACGAUCCAGACAUCAUUGUUUACGCUAGUGUUAUUUAGGCUAAGCAGACGCGAAAAUCUCUUGUUACCGAGAUCUCUUCGUUAUUUAUAGUUUCCAAUGAUAUGUUUUUUCCAGGAAGGUCGGCGGUGGAUCUGUGAAGUCAGUGAUAAAUAAAGCCCCCGUUCGAAAUGCUCAAUAGGCCCUCUAAGGCCAUAUUAUUUUGCGCCAGCUUCACUGAACCAUGAUACGAUCCCAACGGUUGUAAUUUCACGUCUGGGAUGUUCCUCUUCUCUUUUUGUUUGUAAUGUAAAUUUUCCUCAUUCUGUUGAGAACUCUCGGAAUCUCUCCUUUUGUAUCGAUACAAUGUCAGAUAACAAGAGAUUUAAUAAAGACGACUGUUUGCCGCUUAUAACCGUGUAGAAUUUCAAUUCGUCUGUUUUACGCCGAAUUAGAUAACACACACUGAGAUUUGAGGAUAAUAUUUGUUUUUGUGAUUAAAGAAACGUUUCUUUUGUGUUAGGAUCGACUCUCAUACUUCCAAUCAACGUUUGUUAGGUCAAGUGUAGCUGUGAGACAAAAUUGAUUAACUGUGAAACUGGUUGGAAAAGUGAUCGGAAAUUACUCGCCCGCUCUUGUAUCGUUAAAUGAAGACUGCUUAUAAAUUUGAAUACAGCAAAAGGGCUUUAUAAUAAAUAUGCUCUUCUUGAUAAUCACAGCAUUUAUUAAUAUAAUUUUCUUGAUAAAGUUUGUGGGAACUGAGGAAGAUACGACAGCAUUAUUUGAAAGAUUUAAAAUUCAUUUUCAUAGAGUGUAUAACAGUCCUGAAAGUGAAGAAGAAGCGUAUAAUAACUUCGUUAAAAAUUUGCAAAAAGCAAAUGAUUUAAACAAAAGGCAUCCAGGGGAUGUCAUAGCCUAUCAGUUGAAUCGAUACGCAGAUAUAGGUACUGAUACAAUAGAAGAUCGUUAUGCUUUGGAUAUAGUUCCAUAUGAUCAUAUAGUAAAAGAAGAACCUCGCCAAGUACAGUUACCACAUAAGUUAAUAAAAGAUAUCAAGCUUUAUGACUUAAACGAUGUGGAUGAAUUGUAUGAUAAAUACCUUCAGAAAUGGAAUAAACCAAAUUUAACGAGAAUUUCUGACCGUAUGGCUCAUUAUUAUAGAUUUGUUAAGACUGUGGUAGAAGUAAAUAAACAGAGGUUUGCCGGAGAAGACGUGACGCUUGGACCAAAUGCUGAUGUACUUAAAGAACCUAACGAAUAUUUCUAUGGAUAGAUUUCUAAUAAAUUAUGUUUUUUAACGUCAAAUAAUUGGUUGCAAAGUUGCAUAGACUCAUUAUCAUCAUCACUAACGGAAGAUAUUCACUAUGCCAACUGGCAUCUCAUUUAUUCCUCUACGUCAGACGACAGUUUGCCACCUGUAUCCUCUAUCUCUCGCGAUUGCAUUAUGAUAAUAGCUGAUUAAUUAAUGGUUAAUUAGUUGAAAUAAUAAUAAAAUACUUAUGUGUCUCUUAGCUUUGAGAAUCA